UUUUAGAAUAACAAGAUCUACAUAACUUAAAAAACCCUAAGGCGAUCGGCAACGGCACCUUUCCGUCGUGGACGUCGUCUUCUUUUUCCUAGCCUGGUCUAGGGUGAGUUUUGGGGGGCGGCAUCGACUUGUUCGGUGCUUUGGAGUCCCGAUUUUGUUAGGUUUUUGGUUGCAGUGAAGCUUUGGAACGAAAGGAGGCUCGUGGAGUUGGGGUCUUGGCGUCGCAGGCUGAGGCAAUAUUCAGAGGAAGAGGCGAGGUAUCGAGUUUGUUGCAGCCGAUUGACUCCAGCGGUUGUCUCAAUAGCAGAGGAGUAACCGAAUUGGUAGAAGGUUCUCAUUCGUCCAGUGCAGCAAAACAUCGAACUCUGUUGCUCACAUCCAACAGUUCUAACCAGGUUGAGGAUGGUGCGGUUGGGCAUCUGUGGGAGGCCAUUCGAGUUCAACAAUUCCGGAGAGGGCCAAAGAUAUGCGCCUAACAGGGCUGCGAGGUAUGAGAAUUUGUUGCUGGGUUGGGUUUUCGUGGCCUUGUUGAGUAAUGCGAUGGAGGUUAUACCUGUGGUUUUUUAUCCGGGUGGUACAAUGGUGGGUUCGGGCUUGGAGUAUGGGGCUGAUUUGGAUUUCAGACGGCUAGGGGGCCGGGUGACGCGAUGGCUGCGGCUGAUCUGGCACGGAGAAAUUCAGAUCCGGAUGAGGGAGAAGCAAAAUGAAGAGCUCAUGGUUCGUCCCCCUCCCGAACCGCCUCCAUGGGGAAACCGUGCAGAUGGGGUUCGCAAGAGUGCUUUACUAGCUAUUUUUUACCUUUAUCAGUCCAGUCUGUUUUGUUAUUACUAUUUUGGUAUUUUUAGGUCAAACAAUAAGGGGAGUAGGCUGUUGUUUUUAUUUGAUUUAGUGGAUAGUUUUUUGUAUGGAGGCAAUCAGGCUGAUUCAGCCGUUAAUAUCCUCGAAGCUCUCACAUUUUCAGCGAUUAGUCUCGCUCUUUUUGGGGUGGACUAUUCUAUGUCUGAUCUAGAAGUGAGGGGGCCGCUGGGCUUUUGGUCAGGUUGGAUUAGAGGGAGUUAUUUUAUUGUCUGCAAGUUCCGUGAUUGUACUGCGAGUUUGAAUUUAAUAUAAUAUCGGUUUCCU